AUGUUUGCUGCACAUUAUACAGCAUCAUUUUUUGUAAGUAAGAUUUCCAGAAUGACGCCUUCCGUAAUUCCACAUCAGAAUUUUGAAGGACUGACACUCCAUGGCAUUCAGCAGCACAAAAGGAAGAAGAAAACAACAUAUUCAGAAUACAUGUACAAAGCCCUGAAACAGGUUCCUCAAGGCACAAGUAAACACUGCUGGGCAUUAGAUGCACUUCGCUCCCUGAACAAACCUCACCUAUAUGGGAUGGUGGCUCAGGAAGCCUCCAAGAUGUCACACUACAAGAAGAAGCCCUUCAUCACCAGUAGAGAAGUUCAUGCAGCAGUGAGAGUAGUGCUUCUUGUGGAGGCAGUGAAGAGUGGUUUGCUCACAGCCAAUGAUAUGUCUUCCAGACAUGUAGACUCCACAUAA